CGAGCUUUUGAUUUCUGAAGGAAAAAAAGAAAAUGCAAAUCGAUUCGUCAAAAUCCAUGUCAUUUUUCCAUGGCGUCAGAUCCAGGCAACUAAGUAGCUUUCCAGUUAGAAAACAAGCAUGGGUUGACGAACUAGCUUCGGAUUUUACUGAAAUCGGAGCCCUUGAAAAUAACGUUUUGGAGACGCCUCCUUUGGCCGUCUCAUUUUGCAAGGCAAGUAAAAGUUCCCAUAUUUUUGCCGUAUCUGACGAGGCUGGAUAUGUCAACCUGUUUGAUUCUCGUCGGAAGCUUUCUUCUGCUCCAUCUCACCACGAAAAUGCAGAAAAAGCAAGAAUCAGUGAUUGGCUAGCACAUCAAAAUGCCAUAUUUGAUGUAUGCUGGAUCAAGGAAGGUACUCACAUUUUAACAGCUUCAGGGGAUCAAACUAUAAAGGUAUGGGAUACCCAGGAUAAGAAGUGCACUGGUGUCUUGAUGGGGCAUACGGGAAGUGUUAAAUGUUUGAAUUCUCAUCCAACCAAUUCUGAUCUUAUUGUCUCUGGGUCAAGAGAUGGGUCCUUUGCCAUUUGGGACCUAAGAUGCAAGAUUGACUCGAAUAGUAGAUGCGAUGAACUUUGCCACCAAUCAACUUCCACGGUCAAAGGAGCUCAUCCUUCAACUAAAGCUAGGAGGGGUAGAACCGGCAAGGCUGCUGCUUCCAGCAUUACAUCAGUUAUUUAUCUCAAAGAUGAGAUUUCCAUUGCCACGGCUGGAGCAGCAGACAGUGUUGUGAAGUUCUGGGAUAUCAGAAAUCUGAAAUCUAAUGUUACUCAGGCAUGCCCGCAACCCAAGUCUUCAACUCAAAAGGGUAUAUCUAGCUUGUCCCAGGAUUUGAGAGGAGUGUUUCUCACAGCAUCAUGCAUGGAUAACAGGAUAUACUUGUAUAAUGUACUUCAGCUUGACAAGGGCCCAAUUCGAACUUUCUCUGUAUGCCGAAUAGAAUCUUUUUAUGUGAAGGCCGCGAUCAGUCCAGAUGGAGAUCACAUAUUAAGUGGUUCAAGUGAUGGAAAUGCUUAUACAUGGAAGGUAAACAAGGUUCAAGUGGAGCCUCUCAUCUUGAAAGGGCAUCAUGGAGAAGUUACUGUAGUAGAAUGGUGCCCAUCUGAGAUGGGAAUGAUUGCAACUGCAUCAGAUGAUUUCACGGUUCGGUUAUGGAACAUUGAACCCAGAUAUUGCUCGAGCAAGAAAUCAUCGUCUUCCAUCCGACGAAGAUUAACGACCAUGCCAACUGCAGAAAGUAGUAAACUAUUCAUGAACGAGAAUGAAGAACCGAUGACUCAAAUAAAGCAACCUGGUAGUCCAUAUUCAUUAGAUGAAGCAUUGUUCCAAAUUAACCCGAUUCCGGCCACUGCAUCUUUAUUUAGAACUCCCGAAGCCCAGAAGAGAAGGUUCUCAUCAAUUUCAGACUCGGAUGAGAACUUCGAGAAAACACCCGAAUCUGCAACGACGAGCCCAUCUUCAGUGUUGAAUCCUCCUUUGUCAUUGAAACGUAAAACUAUCCGUGAUUACUUUCUAGCAGCUCAAUGACACAUGGUGGCACACUGAAACCAGACUGUAAAAAAGUACUUGGAAU